AUGCUCUCAGGACCCUUUCGACAUAAGGAGGUCCCUUACCGUGGGGACCGGAUGGCUUGGAUCCCGCGAUACAGCAACAAAUUCACAACUGAAGACUCAGUGAGUCUGGAACACACGGCGAGCGAAGCAAGCAGCAGAUCCCUCUAGGAAAAGAGAGACGAACUCUCUUUCGUCGAUCAUGAGCUUCUUGAAAGAAGCCAUAUUUUAUAGAUCGUAUAAAUUUCAUACUCGUUUUUCCAUCUUCGUGCUCGGUUUUUGUUGAUCAUGCGCACAGCUGAAAACUGUUCUUCCUUCUUGUCGUCGAUGGUCUUACUUCCGUUUCUUUGCUAGCUAGUGCGUGACGUCAUUGGAUGAGUAAUUGAACUCAAUCAAUGCGUCAUCGAUCAAGAAAGAGCAAUUAUUUUAUCUUGCUGUCGGGGAGUCAAUGGGUCCAAGUAUGUAAGCUACCUAGUGUGUGAGUCGACUACUUUUUUUGGUAUCUGCAGCAGUAUGGGGUAUAUCAAAAGCAUUCUGAGCCUGUUGAAGGAAGUUGAUGCCUUUGCUUACGUUCUAAUCUAAGCGAAGGUCUGGAAUUUCUUUCAUAGCAUGCACAACGUAUCACAUCACCGCUAAGCCUAUGCUUGCUUCAUUCAAGAAGGAACUUCACUGAAAUCGAAGGGCGCUGCGAAUGACGUGCGUGCUUAUUGUUUGUUCAUGUCUGUUCCUCUUGGGGGGCCAGUGUCUACGUUGUCGCUUACUAUCAGAAUUCAACUGAGCGCUUCGUCCUUGCAGAGUCAAAG